AUGAACAAAAAUCCAGCUAAAAUUCGUUCCAUUAAUGUUGUGAACGAUAUACAAGAUAUGGAGAAUAUCGAAAAUAUUAAUGAAGAUAAAGAAAAUUUUUAUAUUUCUAAAGAUACUAGGUUCGAUAUAUGGGAUGAAGUUGAGAACUAUUUUAAUGAAUAUGACAGUAGAAAUGGGUUUGCAAUUGUUAAAUAUAGAAUGGAACAGAAUAAUAAAGGUCAACAAGUUACUAUAUCAAAUACUGUUUCUACCAUUGGACAAGAUUUGUUUUCUGAAAUAAUAAAAGUCCUCAAUAAAUAUCUCACCGAACCUAUUAAUAAUAUAAUAAAGACAGAAAUUUCUCAAUGUUUAUUUGUUAAUGUGAAUUUAAUUAAGCCUAGUAAUGAAGAAUUAAAUAAAGUAGAAAAAGAUAAAGUAUUAGAAAUAUGGAAAGUUAUUGAUAUACGAAAUGGAGUAAAUUCGCAAGAAAGUAUAAUAUUCAAUUAUAAAAGAGAUGCUUAUGAUAAUGAAGGUAUUUUAUCAACAAGAAAGCUUGUCACAAUUUCAACAACCGUUUCUACACUUAAAAAAGCUAUUCGUAAAAGAAAUUUAUAUAAUCAAAUAUGGGGAUUAGCACGAAUGGCUACUUUACUUGCAGUUGAAGAAGAAGAUAGCGAAAUAACUACCUUUCUUCAAGAUUAUAUUAGAAGAAAAUCAAAUUGA